GUAAAAAAAAGUUGCCAUACCGGCCACAACUUUUCCGGCCCACAAAAAAAGGUGACAGAUGGCUUUGGGGAGACCAUACCUCCUGAAGGGAGGAUUCAAAACGACGAUACAAAAAGUUGACUGAUGGCGGGAAUUUAAUUUGCUUUGGGCGACCAUACCCCCUGAAGAAACGACGAUAAAAAAUCUCAGCUCGGCGGGAAAUCUUUCAUGACGAUUGCCUCACCCCCAAAUAAAAAGGCUACAUUUUAGUUUUGUCUUGUCUGUCACGCUGUGACGAUCUAAAAAAUGGAUGAAAGAUGUGCUAUAUGCACUACAGUUUUUAUUGGUAGGGCACAAAAAGUGCCUUGUUUUGUGUGUAAGACAUUGAUGCAUCGUCUUUGUAUUAAAGGAUUGACUCAAAUGGAAUAUUUUCGAAUACGAAAAGAAAAGGAAGUGUUUUUAUAUAAGUGCAGUGUUUGCAUAAGAAUGUCAGAUGCCCUUUCACCAAUCCUUGAUUCUGAGAUUGUUGGAAAUGAGUCAUCAACUUUUGUCGAUCAGCCCCUUGCAUUUGACCUACCAGUUACAUUGAGUCUUCGUUCACCAUCUAUUUCUCCAGUCAACUUACAACGUGCUGCUGCUCGACCAGUUAGACGGCGUGUUCGUUCACCUUCUAUUUCUCCAGUCAGCUCAAAUCGUGCUGCUGCUCGACCAGUUAGACGGCGUGUUCGUUCACCUUCUAUUUCUCCAGUCAGCUCAAAUCGUGCUGCUGCUCGACCAGUUAGACGGCGUGUUCGUUCACCUUCUAUUUCUCCAGUCAGCUCAAAUCGUGCUGCUGCUCGACCAGUUAGACGGCGUGUUCGUUCACCUUCUAUUUCUCCAGUCAGCUCAAAUCGUGCUGCUGCUCGACCAGUUAGACGGCGUGUUCGUUCACCUUCUAUUUCUCCAGUCAGCUCAAAUCGUGCUGCUGCUCGACCAGUUAGACGGCGUGUUCGUUCACCUUCUAUUUCUCCAGUCAGCUCAAAUCGUGCUGCUGCUCGACCAGUUAGACGGCGUGUUCGUUCACCAUCUACUUCACCUCGAUUAAGGCAUGGUUUUCGUUCUUCGUCAGUGAUGCCUCAUAAUGAUGCUCAACUUGAAGAGGGUGAUCCGUCCCUCCGGGAAAGCUGUCAACCUGCAGUCGCUUCUUGUGUCGAUUGCCAGCAGCCAUCUUAG